CGGAGUGCGCUGGCGGAGCGCGGCGGCUGCAGGCGCGCGGGCGGGAGGCGCAGGCAGGGCCGGGCACCGAGACGCCGGGGCCGGGGACGUGGCAGCCGGCCCGCCCGCCAGAAAGUUUCCUGGAAGUUUGCUGGGCGCGGGCGCAGCACCGACGGGCCGGACCAUGAACGUGUUCCGAAUCCUCGGCGACCUGAGCCACCUCCUGGCCAUGAUCUUGCUCCUGGGGAAGAUCUGGAGGUCCAAGUGCUGCACGGGCAUCUCCGGGAAGAGCCAGAUCCUUUUCGCUCUGGUCUUCACCACCAGGUACCUGGACCUGUUCACCAACUUCAUCUCCAUCUACAACACCGUGAUGAAGGUGGUCUUUCUCCUCUGUGCCUAUGUCACAGUGUACAUGAUCUACGGGAAAUUUCGGAAAACAUUUGACAGUGAGAAUGACACAUUCCGCUUGGAGUUCCUUCUGGUCCCAGUCAUUGGUCUUUCCUUCCUUGAGAACUACAAUUUCACUCCACUGGAGAUCCUCUGGACUUUCUCCAUCUACCUGGAAUCCGUAGCCAUCCUGCCCCAGCUCUUCAUGAUCAGCAAGACUGGGGAGGCCGAGACCAUUACAACUCAUUAUCUGUUCUUCCUGGGUCUGUACCGGGCUCUCUACCUGGCUAACUGGAUCAGGCGAUACCAGACCGAGAAUUUCUAUGACCAAAUUGCAGUGGUGUCUGGAGUAGUACAAACCAUCUUCUAUUGUGACUUCUUCUACUUAUACGUGACCAAAGUCCUUAAAGGAAAGAAGUUAAGUCUUCCAAUGCCAAUUUGAAGGCUCCUGGAGAUCGUCUACACCUUAAGGACAUGAAGCAAACCAUUCUGAAUGUUCUCCUCAACAACUAAUCCAAUUUGGAAUCAAAUGUUAAUUUAAGCCAAGAAAAUGUUUAGUGUGGACUUCAACAAAGCACUGAUCAUUCUAUCUAGAAGAACUUAUCAAUAGGAUCUCUUAAAUACCCAUUAGAGAAGUAAUGAAAAACCUGGGCCAACUGUACAAGUUUGGUACUUCAGAAGGCCAACCAGAGCAAGAAGCCUUAAGGUGCCUUACCCAUGAAUGGAUCAAAUAAACUAUUGUUCUCUAA